CAGCCGAAAAUAAUUACGGCAGCCGAAACAAUUACAGCAGCCGAAACAAUUACGGCAGCCGAAACCAUUACGGCAGCCGAAACAAUUACGGCAGCCGAAACCAUUACGGCAGCCGAAAAUAAUUACGGCAACCGAAAAUAA